CAUUAACCCGCAGCAGAAAGAGAGCAUGUGACGGCGUGACGGCUAAGUAUAUAUGGAAAUCUCGAUUAUCGGCUGUCCUUUCACCUCAACAACCCAACUGACUUUCGAUGCAGUCUGAUUCUGCGUCCACUCAGGACGAAUUUUCGUCUCUUCCUUCAAGACCACCUCCUACUUCAAUACCUUCCCAGAGACCAGCGCCUCGUCCCCCACCUCCUUCGGGUGGUGCUCCCCGUAAUACUUUAAGUAAUCUCCUUGCAAACAGAGGCGGAAAUGCUCCAAUACCCCCUGCUCUCCAAGCAAGAAUGACAGCAAUGCUGAAUCGCGGAUCACCUGCGUCACCCGGUUCGGCCUCUUUCUCCAUCGAUUCUGCAGCACAAGUGCUCCAACGUGCUUCUGUAAACGAAUCAAGCCAUCCACCUCUUCAACAAUCUCAUUCAUUUCCCGCUGUGCCACAAACGUCAUUGCCUGCUCCACGCGCUCGUGGACGCGGUGGACCUGUUCCUGCUGCGGGUCGACGCGCUAAGCCAAAUAUGAGAUUAGCUGACAUCCCCCCUGAAACAGGAGGUGGUGCCUUGGGUGCAGGGCUCGGUGCAGGGCGUCCGUCUCUGGCUGAGGCUAGGAGAGGUCCUUCAACAUUUGACACCCCCUUUGCAAAUUUCAAUAAGAUCGUUGAUCCAUCUGGUCGCCUCAACUUUGCUGGAAAAGCCGUUCUCCACGCUUCUGGUGUCGAUUUUUCCAAUGGAUCAUCUUACACAAUCAAUAUGGAGCAGCUCGUUCUGGAGCAAGAACUCGGCAGAGGCAACUAUGGCACUGUAAAGAAGGUUUUGCAUCGACCGACAAAUGUUGAAAUGGCUAUGAAGGAAAUUCGCCUCGAGCUAGACUCCACUAAACUCAAUGGAAUACUGAUGGAAUUGGACAUCCUGCACCGUGCCAUAAGUCCAUACAUUGUGGAAUUCUAUGGUGCCUUCUUCGUGGAAUCGUGUGUGUACUACUGCAUGGAGUACAUGGAUGGUGGUUCGCUGGCUUCUUUGUGCUGCUUUCCGAAUGGUAACGUUUCUCUGCCGCCAAGUUUAUCGACCAGCCCAGGAUCUACAUGGACAUCUAGCCCUCCUCCACUUGCCGAUGAGCAUCUUGGACGCAUUGCUUCAUCCAUGACGCAUGGGCUAGAAUUCCUCAAAAGCGAACUUGGAGUCAUGCACAGAGACGUCAAACCUACGAACGUUCUUGUGAAUCGCAAGGGUGAAGUGAAACUUUGCGAUUUCGGCGUUAGUGGACAACUGGAGAAGAGUAUUGCACGGACGAAUGUCGGUUGUCAAAGCUAUAUGGCUCCCGAGAGAAUUAAGGGGUCUUCACCAUCGGGAUCUAAUAUGGAAGAUGCCUUCACAUCAUAUACGGUCAGUGCGGACGUAUGGUCUUUAGGCCUGUCGAUCGUUGAAAUUGCACGAGGAAGAUACCCAUACCCUCCGGAAACCUACGAGAACGUAUUUGCGCAACUAAGUGCCAUAGUGGACGGCGAGGCACCUGGACUGCCCGAAGACGAAGACGCUACAGACGAUGAAGCCGAGAUUCGCACUAAAGAUAAUUCGUUCUAUGGCGCAUCACCAGGACAGAGCAGCUUCAUGCGCAAGGGAAAGCGAAGGUGGUCUCCAGAGGCGCGUGACUGGGUUCGACGGUGCCUCAUCAAGAAUGCAGAUGAGCGAGCCACUUACAAGGAGUUACUUGAACAUCCGUGGAUGCAGACGGACAGACAGAGAGAAGUCGACAUGGUGAGUUGGGUAGCCAAAGCAAUUGAAUGGCGAGACCGAGGAGGGCGAUGAGCACGUGUAAUGGAAUGAGCAUCACACUUUCACAGUACUGGUCGUUGCCACCUCGCUGGUGCCGCGCGCCCCUAUGCAUCUUCAUCGCGCAUUGCCUUCUCCUCGACGCAUACCACCAUCGCUUUAUCCGACAUUCUCCUUCCUCACAUGUAUUAUUCACAUCCACUCACACUCGUCCAUUGACGCUGGUCGUUGAUAUACCCUAUUCCCCCUUGCUAUGUUGAUGUUGUCCAUUAUUUCUCGCUAUCUUGGGAUGACAGUAGGCUGUUAUAUUGUUGCUGUUUUGCGGGCAUGUAGCUUUAGAUUUUGUUUUGUUUUGUUUUGGCAAUUAAUGGAUUGUUUUUGCCGGUUA